AUGUUAGCAUAAAGCUAACAAUUGUCAUCUGAUCAAAAACCAAAGCCGACUUCAUCGAUAGGUAUAACAAACCUUUACUCAUAAAUUCAUAAUACUUUCCAUAUUAUAAAUUCUGAGUUACAUUUAAAUUUUAGAGUACAGUUCCCUAAAACCUCCAAGACAUCCUUAAUCUGAUUAAAUAGAUUAAAGUAGAAUAUAAAAAUAAAUGGGCUAAAAAAGAUAUAAGAAUGAAGAACAAGAAGCAAAGUAAAAUGGAAAGGUUUCUUUGCCUUCUUUACCAGGAAUAAAGAAAUAAGAAAUCCCUAAUUUUGAACCUUGUACUUAAAAGAAAUGAUAUUGUUUAGAGUAGAAGUUGAUAAACAUAGCAAAUUAUGGAAAUGGUCAUAGAAUUCUAAGUAGAUUGCCUAAGUUAGAUGCAAAAAGUGAUGUUCCAAAAUAAAAACAUAGUUCCAAUGGUCCUUAAAUGAGAAGUCCAAAAUAAUUGGAUGAAGAGUCUCCUAUGCCUCAUUAUUCUUCAGUAACACCAGAAAAGAGACAAUAAUAUAGUCCUGAAAGAUAAGUCUUAAAUAAAAGAAGAUUAAUGGCAAAAGCCUGGUAAGGUGGGUUAUUUGCUUCAAAGACUAAAGCUGGUUGUCUUCCUAAUAAAACAUUAAAGACUAAUUAGGAUGCAGCCAUCUUAUUUCCCAAUAAUUUAGAACAGUAAAUGGUUAUGAUUAUUUAGAAAGUUACAAUUGUUCUUUAAUUGCUGUGUGUGAUGGACAUGGAACAAAUGGACAUUUAGUAUCAAAUUUAAUUAAAUAACAAUUACCAAAAUACAUAGAACAAUAAUUUCAAUAAUAAGGAAGAGAUAUAGAAAGAUGUUUAACAUUUGCUUUUGAAAAAACAAAUAAAGAAAUAAUUGAAAGUGAAUUUGAUACAACCUUAUCUGGAUCAACAGCAGUAGCAGUAUUAAUAAGAAAAGAAUAAUUAUGGACAGCAAAUGUUGGUGAUAGUAGAGCAAUCAUAUGUAGAAAUUAAGAUGGAUGGAAAGCAAUUUAAUUGACAAGAGAUCAUAAACCAUCUGAUGAAUAAGAGAAGUAAAGAAUUAUUGAAGCAGGUGGUAGAAUUGAUAGUUAAAGAGGUUUAAAAUAUAAUAAUAAUAUAUUAUAGAUUUUUAUGGAAAUUAAUUAGGACCAGAAAGAGUUUGGUUAUAAUAUAUAGAUGCUCCUGGAUUAGCAAUGACAAGAAGUAUGGGUGAUAAAUUAGGAGCAUAAGCUGGUGUUAUUAGUAUACCUGAAAUACUUGAAUAUACAAUUACUCCUUAAGAUUAAUUUAUAAUAGUAGCAUCUGAUGGUGUUUGGGAGUAUCUUAGCAAUGAAGAAGUAUAUACUUUAUAUAAUUUAAGGUUAUGAAUGUUGUAGUUCCUUAUAUUGAGAAAGAUAAUAUCGAUUUAGCUGCUGACAAACUUAUGGCUGAAGCAAUUAAUGCCUGGAAAAAACAUAGCUUAGCUAGGGAUGAUAUAACUUGCAUUGUUGUUUAAUUGAAAAAUUAAACCUGA